UAUACAGAAAAUCCUGCGUGGUGGAGGGGUGGGUAAUGCUGCUCAACUGCAGGCACGGUGCUCACGUCCAUGGGCCCCCCAAGUAGCUUUCUUAGUACAAACCUAGCCUGGAGUCUGCAUCACUACUGGACAGUAAAAGUAUGUGUAGUUUUUAGCUUAGGGAAGUAUUUUUUUUGUUUUUUUUAAAUAUAUAUUCAACACAACAAAUGAGAGUUCUGCUACUUGCCUGGUCCUGGGACUUCUCGCUGGUUGCAGUGAUUUGCAGAUGUCUGCCAUUUAGAAAUGAGUGGGUUUGUUUCUGUCUUCAGCUGUCAUCCAGUUGGUAGUGGGAGCAGGAGCGUUGUGACUUGCCAUACUGGGGAUUUUCUGACUGCUGUUGUGUGCCAGCACUAUUCAAUCAGAAGGACAAUUAGAGGAAUAAUUGAAUAGAGCUGUGUUCAUCACACCAACAAAAGCCUCAGUGCUGGCUGAGAUAGAGCAGUGCAGUUGGUGCUGAUCCGAGUCAGGUAACUGUUACUGCACCUUGUAUUUUCCCCUGCAGCACGGCACAGAGGUUGGUUUGAAGAGGCACAAAGAAAAGGGUGCUUGCUGUGGUGCAAAUGGAAAGAGGAAAAAAAAAAAAAGAAUUUUUUUAAAAUCCUACAUGGGGUUUGUCGUCACUUCUGGGGAGAAAAAUCCCAAAUCCUCAAAAUUCCUGAGUUGUGUUUGGUUACAAUAUAUGUUGGUUAGCAAAAGACAUUAAGUUCAGUGAGAAGUGAAUUAGGGAAAACUGGCUUAGACUAAUUUAAAGAAAAUGGGAAGCCUUAAAUUAACUCAUCUAACUACAGCUGUGCCCCAGAUACUCAGAACUCCCGAACUGUGUGCCGACAGCUGUGUGUGUGCAGUUGUGCAACAGUUCUCCAUGCUUAUGAGGUGACAGAUGAGUUACAUUUGCUUCUGUCCCAGCAGUUCUGGCUGUAAUUCCUCUUGCUCACUAAUGUAUUUAUAGAACCCAGCCCAUUCUGCUUUGUUUCCUUACUAUGCUGUUGCUAGAGCUGGGGUUUGUUUGCACUUGUGUGUAUAAGCAAAGUUAAAAUGCUGCCAGCACGCAGACCCUGACUUGUUUUAUAGAACUGCAGGCCUUACCACUGCUAUCUGGAGAAUGCGUGUGCCAAUUCUAAAACGUGUUACGGUGGUUGCGAGUAACCAGGUAAAUGAAUCCUCCCUGAAACUGCAGUAGUGCGUUUCCCUAAGUCUCACUCGUCAGGCAGAGGAUGGAGCAGAGCUGAGUGUUGGCAGAGCGUGGCUGCUCAGGCGUAGCUUAGUCACUUCCUCUGGAGGGAGGGUGCACCUCAGCUCAGCUGAAGUCGAAGCAGAGUGCUGAGGCCUCAUCUCAGCAGGAUGGGUUGGGUGCUGAGCAAUGGGACUGACUGCUGCAGAAACAAGGCUGGACCCCGCAGCCCUGCGGCUCCCAGGAUGGUCCCAUCUCGGAGCAACUCCUGAGCGUCUCACUGCAGUCACAUGGAUGAAGUGAAGCUCAGACAGCCUUCUCUGCGCCCAUCUGCUGGGAAACCAUCUGCUGGGAAACCGUGGAGGAAAUCCCCGCCGUUCCCUCUUCAGUGAGUGUCAUGCCCUGGACUCUGUCCUGGAGCUCUCUCUUCUCCCAGCAGGUCCCCACGGGGCUGACUCGGUGCUGUGGCACGGUAACCUCUCCUCUACGCCAAGCAUGACCUCGGAUUCCUGAUGCAACCUUACUCACUCUAUCGGCGAUCUCGUGAGACCCCCGUGAGCCCCACAUGGCACUUCUGGGGUGGUAGCCGCUCUCUCCUUGAAGUCCCACCAGCGGCUGCAGGUGCGGCUGCGUCGGGGCGCCUAUCGGAGCACCCAGAAAUACCUGCACACGGCCGAGGCGUGUCUGGAAACCUGAUGCCUCAUCUCUGCCAUGUGGAGGCGGAGGGAGGAGGGCUGUGAGACAUGUCCCUUCUCGCUCACAACAGCUGAAAGCAGAGAAGGCAACUUGCUACAGGCCUUCUCAGCAGUGCAGAGCGUCCCAGUCGCAUCCCAGGGGCACCACCAGACGCUGGGACUCUGGGGGGGUGGCAGUCCCGCAGCCGCCGGGCGAUGAACAUCGCAAGGAGAAGAGGCUUUUACAGACAGGAGCUGAACAGAACCGUCUGGGAGCUGCCCAGGAGGUACAUCUCCCUGCACCCCGUGGGCUCUGGGGCCUACGGUUCUGUCUGUUCUGCCAUAGACAAGAAGACAGGAGAGAAAGUGGCCAUCAAGAAGCUGUGCCGCCCGUUCCAGACAGAGAUCUUUGCCAAGAGAGCAUACAGAGAGCUCAUGCUCUUGAAGCAAAUGCAGCAUGAGAAUGUCAUUGGGCUGCUCGAUGUCUUCACCUCUGCCCCUUCCUACCAUGGAUUUCAAGACUUCUACCUGGUGAUGCCAUACAUGCGGACAGAUUUACAAAAGAUCAUGGGACAUGAAUUCAGUGAUGAAAAGAUCCAGUACCUGGUCUACCAGAUGCUGAAAGGGCUGAAGUAUAUUCAUUCUGCCGGAAUCAUCCACAGGGACCUGAAGCCAGGCAACCUGGCUGUGAAUGAAGACUGCCAGCUAAAGAUCUUGGACUUUGGCUUAGCAAGACAUGCUGAUGCUGAAAUGACAGGCUAUGUGGUCACACGCUGGUAUAGAGCUCCAGAAGUCAUUCUGAACUGGAUGCAUUACAACCAGACAGUGGAUAUUUGGUCUAUCGGUUGCAUCAUGGCAGAAAUGCUGACUGGGAAAACACUGUUCAAAGGAAAAGACUACCUUGAUCAGCUGACUCAGAUCCUGAAAGUAACAGGGCAUCCGGGAGAUGACUUUGUGGAGAAGCUUGAGGACAAGGCGGCUAAAAAUUAUAUUAAGUCUCUUCCAAAAAUGCCCAAGAAGGAUUUGUCUGUGCUUUUCCCCAAAGCCAAUCCUCAGGCGGUGGACCUGCUGGACAAGAUGCUGCAGCUGGAUGUGGAGAAGCGCCUUACGGCCUCACAAGCAUUAGCCCACCCGUACUUCGAUCAAUUCCGAGACAUUGAGGAGGAGACAGAGGCACAACAGUCCUACGAUGAUUCUCUGGAGCAUGAAAAACUUUCAAUAGAAGAAUGGAAAAAACAUAUCUACAAGGAGAUCUUAUCCUUCAGUCCAAUUGCACGGAAGGACUCAAAGAAGCGAAGUGGAAUGUCGCUGUAGUGACUGCUGCAGCUGUGACUGGGAUUCAUGUCUCAUGCUGGAUGACAGAGUGGGAUUUGUUCCACACAGCCUCUUUUGUAGCCAUCACUUAGCCUAUGGGACUCCUCUGUGUGUGAACAUGAUGUCAGCACUGUGACUGUGGGCAUUGGACUUUCUUCUAGUGAUGGGGGAAGUACUCCUGAAUAGUUUUCAACUCUAAAGAUAAAUGUGCUCUCACUGAAACUUUGGGAGAAAUUGCUGGUAUUUUUUCUCCCUCCCCCCCGUCCCCUCCCUGCAUAUUGCCAUGUUUUUGUUUCUCCUUUCUUUCUAAGCACGAGUUUUUAGACUUGAAUUAUGUAUAAGGUAAAUAAAAUGGUAACACUGUCUGGGGACUGAGUCCCAAGCAAAAUAAUGAAAUGGUGAAAUUUAGCAUAACAAGACUUUAUCCACGUUCCCUUUCCCUGAGAUCCUAAAGAGCACCCAGCACAUCCAGGAAUCAUGGGAAUUUCGUUCUUUUGUACACACAGGCUACAUUCAGGGCACCUUCUGCCCUGGUUUCUUGCUAUGCACAAAACUCCCUGCUAGGGUGCUGUAUCCUCUGGGCAGCUGGUACUCAUUCUCCCUUUUUGCUCUACUUCUCUCAGCCUUAGGUUUUGAUAGGUGCUGCUUCUUCCUCAUGGCUAGAUGCAAAUGCAUCCCUGGGAGUUAAAGACCACAUUCCCACAUUCAUAAACUUGUUAACCCAGGGAGCUGGGUUACUGGCAAGCAGUCCUCCUGCCCUCACAGGGGCCUCUUCCUUUAUGCUCAGCCUGGUUCACCCCCCAGUUCCCUCAGCCAGGCUUAUCUCUCACUGAGCACCCUCUCCCUGGAGCUGCCCUGCCUCUGCAGGCUGCCUUUAUCUCUCAGCAGAUCUGGUAUUUUGUUACACAGUCUAAUGACAUGACCUCUUAUGUACUCAUUCCCUCUCCUCUGAGGAAUCCGUUUUACUAUUUGUUCUAUGCUGCAAUUCUCUUACAGGGCUGUUUGUUCCUUAAUAGGAAGAGACUUUAAAACUAACUGUUUGGAAAUGUCUUAAUAGGUGAUUGUCAGUCCCAAGGCUCACAUCCUUACUUUGAAGUAAGGAUCAAAAACUUUAUAGAUUGGAGAGGAGGAAAAAAACAAAAACAACAUAUUGCAUGAACAAUUCAGCAUCAUCAGAAACAAGAAUGCAAUGAUUCAAUUCAGUGAACAUGGAAAAUAACUUCAGAUAUUCUGACUUCAGAUAUUCUGGUAUCAGAUCAGUUGCUUCAGUCAUCAAUCUUAUAAACAUCAUCUGAGAUGAUCUUUUAAAUAGAUCAUUUAAAAUAGAAUUAAAUAGAAAACCUCACAGAAACCAGGCUAUAAAUCAUCUUUGUGAAUAAGAGUUUCACAGAUUCCCAUUAAUUAAUUCACUUUAGUGAGUAUUUCUUAGCUACGAGAAAUUGCCACCGCUCAAUUCAAAUCAAAUCAAUAAGAUGCUCAUCAUAUCCGUGUGUGACAAAGGUUGGGAAUAUGCAGUGCUUCUAGGGAAAGUACCCUGGAAGAGAAAGUUUCAAAUGCUGUUAUAGAUUAUGAACUUCUGGAGUCUUGCUGUAGUUGGAAAGGAAGCAAUUGAGGGCCAAGGGCUCACAGCUCAGGCUUUUAGGGACCCUAUGUGCACCCUAAUGCAGACUCCCUAAGAAAAGCCAACUUAGUGUCACCUUGCCGGAACUGGUGACCUGAAAGAGAGCCCAACAGUGCUGCAUCCACAGCCACUUGCACCCAGCCUUACCCUCAGAUGCUAUUUCUUUAGUAGGUAUGGAGCUUUGUGUGAUUUGAAGAACAAUAAGAUACUAUCAUUUUGCUGUUUAUCACUCUGGAUUAAGCAUUUUCUCACAUACAAUUUGUCUGAAUUUAAUUGGUUUGCAAAGGUGUUCAGAUAGUAUUGUGACAAGAGUGUGAUACAUAGACAGAGGGAGGUGGUUUUAUGAGCCCGGCUGCUGUUUACCAGACUAACCAGCUCAGCAUCUGCAACCUCCCUCCAGGGAAUGUUUGUUCCACCUUUGCUUCUGUAAUACGCCAAGUAGUUCAUUCAAACAUAAAAGUAUGUUUUGAUCCUUGAGGUAAUUUGAUGUACUAGAAGUAUUACUAAUGUAAUCUGAAGCCUGGAACGGAGGUAUAUGCGUCAGUAUGUCCCAAGCCAAUACUCAAGUACAUAGGUGUUUGCUAUAAAUGUUAUUACUACUGGAAGAGCAGAGAUGAAAAACAAUUACAGGAACAAAAUAAGCAAACUGCAUCUGAAAGUGACUUCAGUCUUAUUACUAUAUAUGCAGGUCUUAAAGAACCACAGUUUGAGGUAAGAAACCAUUCUCUCCUCCUCCUACUCCAUGUGAUGCAACCUGCAUAUUCCCUGGACACAGGAAGGGAGCAGAUCCUGCCCUAUCAAAGAGCAGUUGAAAUAUCGUCCCUUUGAACAAGAAGUCUGACUUGGCUUCCCUGUCCAUCAUGUAAUCUUUAACAGAGGUCAGAGAGGAGCUCUCUGCAGCUGCCAUAAACAUCUCAGAGCUGCACGUCUUUGUACUGAAUAUACUUCCAGAAAAUAUUUUAUAUCACCCACUGACAGUGCACAGUGGUCCUUCAGCACACUAUUCUGCCACACGUCCCCUAAGGAGCAUAUAAUUCAUAUACAUUCAUUUUGCUAGUUUUUUUUUUUUUUUUUCUCCCUGUGUAAUUUACAUGGCUUUAAAAUAUAAAAUCCAGUGAUAAAAAUCGCUCAACCAUUUAGUGAACAUCCAAAAUCCCAUAAAUCAGGCCAGAUGGAAAUAGGCUUGCUAUUUACACUGAAGCACAGUAAAAAUGAUGCUGAUAUAAAUUAUUUGUGCCCACCUCGCAUAAUAUGCAGAUGCCCAUCUUGAAAUACUUUUUAUAUCUUAGUCCUGCAUUUAUUUUUGAAUGUAGGGAGCAGUGCUGCUUUUUUAUAAUUAUUUGGAAAGUGAAGCCUUCAUCAUAAACAAUCCUUCUGUGCAAGUUUUUUGGCAACGAGUGAGAUCUGUGAGAUACAACUUUAUGAGAGAGAUCUUAUUUAUUAAGUACUUACAGCUGAGAGUGGGUGAAAAGAAGUGGAUGAAGCAAUGAUUUUUUUUCCGUAAGAGACACCAUAAAGUUAUAAGGAUUUAUCUUUUUUUUAAGCAGACACACAAUAUUCAGCACAUUUUGGACAUCACCUAGAAAACUUUCUGUGCAAGAGCUCUGAAAAUAUCUACAGCUCCUUAGAAAACCCUGCAUUUAUUUUAUCCCAUAAGAAAAAAAAAGUUUUCAUAUUUAACCUUUUCACAUUCUAAAUAGACUAAUCAUUUUCAGGUUGUAUGUGUGUGAUAAUGGGAUAGAAGAAAAACAUAGGAAAUGAUAAACACAUCUGAGAACUCUAAUGAGAUCCUUUAAGAAGGACUGUAGUAUGUUUUCAUAUUUCCAUGCCUCACUUGCCUAAGUAGCAAGGGAAAGUUCCUAAUCCUCUGCAGUUUCCCAUGUCAUCGUGGAGUGUAGGCUUGUAACACGAUCGUAGCUUUGUUUUUUGUUUUUAAACCCAACUAAGAGAAACAAAACACAAAAGACCAGAAAAUUGCCAGCACCAAUUCAUUUUCACCCCACAAAGGAUGAACAUUUACUUCACUAACUGCAGCUGUGUUCAUCAGCAUCACUCUGCUGUGAAAACAUUGGUUUUCCAAGCAAUUGUGGAAUAUAGGAUGUUUUCUCUAAUUUCUCUCAUGCUAAGUCAUUUUCUGACUGCAUGGGUUUAUACAACCUUUCAUAUGAUGUUCAGCCAAUGCUGCUUCGCCACUGAUUCAGACAGCACUUUGGCUGAUUGAUAACUUCUUUCUCUUUUGAUGGGUUGCGCUCUAUUAAAUAAUGUUGAAAGGUAAGCAUUUAUCUUUAACCUCUAAUAAUUUUCAGUUGAAUGAGAGCUAACUCCUUUUAGCCAAGUCUGGCUAGAAAAAUUAGAAUUAUCCUACUAUCAACCAUAAUUUCAGUUCUUUCUUCAGAAAAAAACCCAAAAAGGGUUUUUAAACUGAUUUGCCCAUUAAGAUAAAAAAAAAGGAAUACCAUUAAUUACUACUAAGGUGGCAAUGCUGGGUGCUUGUGUCAUCUCUCUGAAAUCAGUGGAACUGAACAGAGCUACAAAUACUCCCCAUAAAAUUAGGAUCUCAGGAGGUGCACUUGUGAAUCCAGCUGAACUGCACUGCAGCCAAGGCUAAUCACUUUGAGGUAUCUGGCUUUUAACCUUUAGUGUGCACAGGUCCUUUUUAGCAAUAAAAAUAAUUCCAAUAGUUCUGAAGAAAACAGCCACAGAACAAACAACCAAAACACAGAUAUCAGAAGUACUCAUUUCGAGGCUUAAUGAAUCAACAAAUAAAAAAAAGGUCAUUUUUCAGUUCUCAAUUACAAAUAAUAAUUUUCUCCCUCUUUAAAUGUGUUUAAAUACUUGAAUAAAGAUGAAGAAAAUUAUGACUGAAUGUACCUAGCUCUGUGUGAACUGUCUUGGCUGCUGUUUUCAUUUGAAGUGACAUCCCUGGUUUUGAACUUGUACCAUUUAAAAACUGUGAGAGCCAAGAAAUUGAAUGAAGCUGUGCCUCUGGGAUUUCAGAUAAGUCCAGAAUGUUUUUUCAAAUAACACAUUAGUUCCACAGCUCUAUUUUAAAAUUAAAUGAUGGAUAACUUGUUUUAAUGCUCUAAUAUAUGGCCCUCAAUCUUCCAAGAUGUCUGUGCAUACUUCAUCUUGUGCAGGAGUCACCCUACUGAACUUAAUAGGACUAUUCACACAGUUGACAUUAAGCACGUAUGCAAAUCUUUGCGAUUAUAAUAAGCCAAUUUCAGUGCAGAUCUAAGUAUAAAGGGCUUCAAAACUGAGGUCAAAAUAAAAGAACUUCCACAAGUCUGUCAUAAUAAAAGCAUACCAAAAUGCUGGGAAAAAAAAUAUAUACAGUAAAACCUUCUGAUAAAAUUCAAACUAUGUUCUCACAUAAAGAGGGAAAAUUAGGCAGUCAAACUGCUCAUUGCAGUAAAUGAAAUAAUUUUACUUACUGUGAAAUUGUCUUUCCUCAACAGUCAACUCAUUUGCUGAAAUGUCUAUUUUAUAGAUUUUUUUGUUGUUGUUCUUUAUGGAUAGGAUUGUGCUUUUGCAUAGAUGUACUUUGGGGGUAAGAUGGGAUUUUAUGUAAUAUGAUAUGCUUUAUUUAUCUCCAAUUUCUUUUCAUGCAGGAAAAAAAAAAAGAAUGUAUUUAAUAUGCUUGAGUUCCGAUGUGUUAACAAUAGCUUCUUCAAGAAGUAAACACAGAAAUGAGUACUGAGAAGUUUUGAAAUAUAAAACCCGCCAUAACAUUACUGUUCUGCAUUAAGUGAAAUGUUUUCCCAUGUUCUUAAAGCUUCACAUUCUGGUCCAAUUUGAGUACUUUGCAAAACAAGGCUGUCACAGACUGCUUGGCUGCUCUGAUAUUCCACACUUAACAUACGAUGAAAGACAAAAGAUCCUAUAGUUGUAACUGAGGGAAAAUUACAUUUUAUCUUUGAAAACAAUUCUAUAUUCUAUUUAUAAUUCUAUUCAUUCAGAUGCCAAUAUUAAUGCAAUAUUCUGUAUGACUGUAAGUGGGAAGUGCAUAUGCACAAGUACAUGCUACGCUCUGUAACUGUAGGAGACUCUGGAGCUCCUACCGCACCACUUAUCUCAGUUGCGAGCACAAGUCCUUCCUCAUUCAUUCCUCUCUGUCCCUCUCUCUGACCUUCCACCUUGUCACACCUCUGAACGUCAGGAGGCCAUCUGGACCCGAAGUAUCACACUAGAAAAUAAUGCAGACUCUCAUUAAUCCCAUCAUUUGACAGCGUUGUUUGGGUGCAGAGCAGCAGGGAUGAGGCUUACACGCUCUCUGGGAGAGCUGCGCUAACUGGUGAUACUGUCAUGUGGUUUUGAUGUUCCCGUGCUUCCUGCAAAAAGCAAUACCGGGUGUAGGACGAAGCACUCUCAUAAACUUAGGGCAGGAAUCCGGCCAAUCCCAGUGACCCAAAGCAGGUCCCUCACAGCUGCAGCUGAGCCCGCAGGCAAAUCCCAAACGCAGGGACCGUCACAGGACCCUUAACCUGAGCGCCCUGGGAUCCCCAAUCCAACCCCGCCCCCCUGUUCCCGCUGCCCGCGUCCCUCCGCGCCACGUUUCCGCAGUUCCGAGCCCCUUCGGGGACGGUGACUCCCCCAGCCCCCGGGCAGCCCGUCCCGACGCCCGGCCGCUCUCCGCGAUAAGAAACUUGCGUCCCGUCCUUCCCGCCCGCCCCUCCCGGCCGCUCAGAGCCGGCAGCGCAGCCCGCGGCGCCCUGCCGCUCCUCUCGGCCCGGGGGUGGGAAGGCACCGGGAGGGGCGGGCGGUCUCUGCCCGCGGGCUGUGGGGAGCGCAGCGCGGCAGCCCCCUCCCCCGCCGCCUUCCCUCACCGCUCGGCCGGGGCUGCACCGCCGCCGCCGCCUCCAUUUUGUGCGUGUCCCUGCGCCCCCCCCGCCUCUCCUCGCACAGCGCGGGAGCGGCGCUGGAGGGAGCGGGGCCCCGGGAAGGGGGGAGUCGGGGGUGGUGGGGGGCGAAGCGGCGGCGGAGCGGCAUGAGAAGGCGGCGCUGAGGCGGCGGCGGCGGACGGAGCGGCCGGACCGACAUCUUGUGCCCUCCCCUCCCGCCGCCGGCUGGGUGAGCCCCAGGGGGGAGGGGAGGGGGAGGCGGAUUUAAAGAAAAAAAAAAAAAAAAAA